GUGAAGGAUUGAGUCGCUGAGUGGGGUCUUUCGUCCUAUCGUUUUUUAUAACAGGAAGUUUGAAGCCGGAGGCGAUUGGUCAAAAUGCCAGAGGAGAUGGCGGACGGGGGGAGAAGGCUUGUGACUCUCGACGACCUCAUCGAUGCCUUGGACAAGCGCGAGAGGACGUCGAGCAAUGUCCCAAAGGUCGAGACAUUCCAUUUCAAGGGGGAUCAGGUAUCUGACUGGUUGGAUCUGACAGAGCAGGCGCUGGUAGGGCUGUCAGAUGAGGUCAAGCUCAAGCGGGUUCUAAGGUGGGGGAAGCACAUCGAUCCCAAGACCCCGGGAGGAAUCAGGCAGGAAACCCUCAGGCGAGCGGCGGCAGGGCCACUAGCAGCCCCAACGAUGUUCAGGAUAUGGCAGGAAAGGGAGGACCCGGGGGUGAGGGUCGAAGAGAUCGUGGAUGAGAGUGAGGAAGUGACUCAACAACUAAAGGCAGGGGCUAUAAAGGAGAAGCCUAUAGUCGUUGAGUCAGACGAUGAGGCGCAGGAGGUGGUAAGAAAGUUAGCCUCAACCAUCCUGGAGAGGAUGAAGGACCUACUUGCGAAGGUGGGCAGGUACCAGGAACGAUUGAGAGUGAUGUGUGAAGAGGCCCGGGAGUGGGAAAUGAACCUUCCUGAAGUAAUGCGCUAUGGGUCCGGCCCAGAGUCGUCAUCAAGACCGCAAGGGUGUCCAAGCGUGGCAACAGUCGAGGCAGGUCCUAGGUCAGGGAUGACCUUCAGGCCCCCUACGUCGCAUGGAAGGGUACCACAUGCCGCGCAGACUAGGGGCCAAAGUAAGGCUACCGCUAGUCAAGGGCCUAGCCAAGCACCUGGCCGGACGCCUCCUCGAAGGGAACCUGAGCCUGAACGUAGGAAAGAGGUAGUGGAGGUUCAGGAGGAGGAAGAGGAGGGUGAUGACGAAGAGCAUAAGAAGCUCCGGCAUGAGGAGGACCAACGAGCCGAGCAGAGGGCCAAGAAGAGAGGGAUUCAGGGCGGGGCGGAGCCGAGCCUGCACGACGGCGCGCCAAAAAGGAAGAAGUACGCGGUCCGGCUAGAGGAGGGCUUUGACGUGGAGCGAAUGGUGGACAAACUCUUGGAGGGUCACAACGAUUUGAUGAAUCUUAAAGACAUCUUGGCGUCAGCACUGAGGCUCCGUGGUGAGCUGAAGGGGCGGCUCUCACGAAAGUUAGUGCCCAACGUCCACCUGAGCUCGAUUUUGCCCAGGGACAUAGAGUGGACAGAGGCGGGGACCAGGAUGGAUUGGAAAUGUGUGGCAUGUGGGUUGGUGGAUCUGAAGGUGAGAGACCAGCCGAGCAUCGCAAUGGUGGACACAGGCGCUGAGAUGAAUAUCAUCAGGGAGCGGGACGCGACCAUGCUAGGGCUGGAGGUUGACCAUUCGGACCAUGGUGUGCUGCACGGUGCCAACUGUAAGGCAAUUUUCUGCGGCACCGCGUCUAAUGUGAUGGUGGAAAUUGGGAGGGUAAGGGCGCGAACGUGCUACAUGGUCAUGCCCGAUGUCGACCACCCUAUCCUUCUGGGGAGGUCGUUCCUCUGCCGAACGGAGACCUUGGUCUUCAAUAGGCAUGAGGGGACGAUGAUCCUGACCCUAUCUGAUCCGGCCUGUGGGAACUACGAAAUCAUCAAGUGUCGGAACACAGGGCCCGGAAGUGGGAGGAAUAGGCUCAACCUCGGCUCCUUUACCUUCGAGGAGUCAGAGUACGCGCGACAAAGGCUCCGGGAGGAACAAGAGGAGGAAGGAGCGGGCGAGGUAUUGUCCCUGAGCCUCAGCGAUGUAAAUAAGGCAAUGGAGGUGGUGGCGGCGCAUGAUAUGGCGGACCCUGAAGCUAUAAAGGCAUUGAGGGAGCAGGUCCUAGAGAGCCCUCAGGACCUGCAACGUUUGAAUGCGGUGACGGUGCGGGACGCAGGAGGAUUGCCGAACGCGGACGCCCUGUCGGAGCACAUGAUUAGGGUCAUGCAAACGGUUAGUUCACAUAUCACUCAACCCUACAUUGACGAUUUGGCGGUCAAGGGCCCAAAGGAGAAGGAGGAAGACGAAGUGAUGCCAGGAGUGAGGCGGUUCGUCUGGAAGCAUAUCCAGGAUAUUGAUCAGGUUCUGGGUCUGCUGGAAGAGCAUAACUUGACGGCGAGCAUCCCCAAGUCAAAGCACUGUAUGAGGGAGGCCACGAUUCUAGGCUUUGUCUGCAAUGAGAAGGGGCGAAGGCCCGAUGCGAAGAAAACGGACAAGAUCCUAGAGUGGCCAGUCCCCUUUCAGUCGAUAACGGAUGUGAGAAGCUUCCUUGGGACCUGCGGGUUUUGGAGGAGUUUUGUGAAGGACUUCGCCACUAAGACGGAGCAUUUGAGGAAGCUGGUGCGUCAGGAUCAGGAGUGGGUCUGGGGUGAAGACCAGGAGAAAGUUGUAGAAAGGAUGAAGGGAGAAUUCAAGGAAGGAGGCUUGGUGCUGGGAGCGCCAAAUUAUGAGGCCACGGAGGAAAAGACAUUCGUGGUCGAGACGGAUGCUGGGCCAACUGCCUUAGGAGGGGUCCUGAUUCAGGCAGAUGCGGAUGGGAAGGAGAGGCCGCUAAGGUCUGACUUUUCAAAGGCAAUCAUGCAGAGGGGCGGGAGGGACGCACGGCCACGGCAGGAGCCCCAGAGGGCAGCGGGGAGAGGCGAGCAGCACAAGCCGCCUAGGAGGGAGCCUACACCUGAGUUCGAUGACGAUAAUAUAGAGCUCUUCCUUGACGUGUAUCGGGAUCACGCGGCACAGGGAGGGUGCUAUCGAGGAGCCUAUACAGGAAGGGCUACCGCCGGCAUUGCCGAGUACGAGCGAGAGGAUGGGUGCCGAGGCGUCGACUCCGGAAGGCCAGGGGCCGCGAGUGAGAAGAGCCCCAAGAGAAACCCGCGAAGAGAAGUCCACCAGAGUACGAGACAGGCGGACGAGGAGGCGGGUGAGCUGACGGAGAUGGGGGACUUGGGGUUCUCUGUGACUAGGAUGGCGAUCGAGCUCGGGGAUAGGAGGAUGCGCGAGGUGGAAGUUACACCGUUCCAGCGGUAUAGCCUACUAGACGACGAGGUCACGACCAGGAGGUUGGAGGUGGAGCACCUGACUACUCAGCUUGCGGAGGAGAGGGCGAGGAGCCAGGCCCGAGAGGUCAAGUGGGAGAGGAGAUUUGGGGAGAUGGCAGCCAUUGUGGACAGACUCUCGGCAACCUGGGAGGCUAGUCAGACAGGACGAGUUGGUGCCGAUGGCCAGGGCCGGGGGAUGCACGCUUCGCCGAUUCGGGGAGCAGCGGUGGAGGCCCCUCGACAGGCCGGGCCAAUGGGGGAGGUGCCCUUGGACAUGGCCGAGGAGGAGGGUGGCGCACAGGAGUCGCUUAUGGCUAUGUCCACGGAGAGGAGAGGCUCGCAUUCGCAUGAGCUGGCGGCAGCCAUGGGGAUAGGUACCCCACAGGAGAGGCCUUGGAGACUCGACACUUCAGAGUACGCCCCGAGGUUGGGAGAGCUGAGGGCGGAGCUGGGCUCUUGGGCCACACGGACAGACUCGGGAGGACCUGAUUCAGGGCGGCAGCAGCAACAGGAGGUCACGAGUGAGCCGGCCGCCGUUGCAGGCUCUCAGCCGUCAGGAGCAUGUGGGGAUGUGGUUGUGACAGAGAGGCCUCAUGAGGAGGGACCCCGAGAGCUGGACACGUCAGAUUACAGGCCAGUGAGCACAACCAUACGGGAGGGUGAGAGUGUUGAGGCUAUGGAGUCCGGACCUCAGGGCCACAUGGGAUUACCCUCGUGUCAUGAGGUGACCACUGAGACUAUGGGGACGCCUUCAGCAUUGAGUUCCCAGGGGAGAAAGAAGAAGACUACCAGGUGGCACGAUACCUCCUGCUUUUGGUGCAAGGAGGAAGGGCAUAGAGCCGUGAACUGCCCAGAACUCCUCGAGGAUAAGGCCGAGGGGCGAGUUGCGGAGUUCAACGGCAAGUUCUAUAACAGGCAGGGCAGGAUAGUGGAGCGGGCUCCAGAUGGGGGCAGGGCUCAGUUAUAUAGGCAGAACCAGGAGGAACUGUGUAAGUAGGGACUGGUCCGUCUAUGUGUCAGUAGGGUCAAAGUAUUUGGCACACAGGGGGCGGGUUGGAGGUGUACAUAUGUUUAGUUGGUCGAGGGGGCCCUAGAUGUGUGCGUGCUUUAGAGGUGGUAGGAUGAGUCUCUGCCUGCUUAUACAUACAUAGUUGAUCAUGGUUUCCUUGAGCCUUUCUUUCACGGGCUACGGCUUAGGACAUGGGGGUCGGCCGUAGGACACGUGAGACUAUUCGGUCCACUUUUGGCUUGCGGUGCGAAGACUA